UGUAGGAGGCAGGCAGGCAGGGAACACAUCGAAGGCAGCACGGAGCCCAGGAAGCAGCGGAGAUGAAGGCUCUCCCCGUCCUGCUGUGGCUGUGUGUGGUGGUUUGCUCUUCUUACCCACUGCACGGGGGUACAAGGGACGAGGACACCGGCAUGGAGCUUCUUCGGAAAUACUUAGAAAACUACUACGGCCUUGCAAAAGAUGUGAAGCAGUUCGUUAAGAAAAAGGACAGCAGUCCUGUUGUCACAAAGAUCCAAGAGAUGCAGAAGUUCCUGGGGCUGGAGAUGACAGGGAAGCUGGACUCCCCCACCAUGGACAUGAUGCUCAAGCCCAGGUGUGGUGUCCCCGAUGUUGGUGGCUUUACCACCUUCCCAGGUUCGCCCAAGUGGAGGAAGAACCACCUCACCUACAGGAUUGUGAAUUAUACGCCAGAUUUACCGAAAGAGAGUGUGGACGCUGCCAUUGAGAAAGCGUUGAAAGUCUGGGAGGCGGUGACCCCACUCACCUUCUCCAGGCUCUCUGAAGGAGAGGCUGACAUAAUGGUCUCCUUCGCAGCAGGAGAACAUGGAGACUUCAUCCCUUUUGACGGGCCUGGAGAGGUCUUGGCUCAUGCAUACGCACCCGGGCCAGGGGUCAAUGGAGACGCUCACUUUGACGAUGACGAACAGUGGACAGAGGGCACAGCAGGCACCAACUUAUUCCUGGUUGCUGCUCACGAACUUGGCCACUCCCUGGGUCUCUUCCACUCAGCCAAGCCUGAAGCGUUGAUGUACCCUGUCUACAAGUCCCCCAGAGACCUGGCCAGCUUUCAUCUCUCUCAAGACGAUGUGGAUGGCAUUCAGUCUCUAUACGGACCUCCCCCAGCAUCCCCUGAUGUCCCCGUGAUACCCACCAAAUCUAACUCUCUGGAACCUGACUCGUCACUGAUGUGCAGUCCUGCUUUGUCCUUUGAUGCAGUCAGCACCCUUCGGGGAGAAUUCUUGUUCUUUAAAGACAGGCACUUUUGGCGAAAAUCUUUGAGGACCCCCGAGCCUGGCUUUUAUCUGAUCUCUUCAUUUUGGCCCUCCCUCCCUUCCAGCAUGGAUGCUGCAUAUGAGGUUACUAGCAGAGACACUGUUUUCAUAUUUAAAGGGAAUCAGUUCUGGGCUGUCCGAGGGCACGAGGAACAAGCAGGCUACCCUAAAAGCAUCCAGACUUUGGGCCUCCCUGCAACUGUUGAGAGGAUUGAUGCUGCCGUUUCUGAUAAGGAGAAGAAGAAGACUUACUUCUUUGUAGAUGACAAAUACUGGAGAUUUGACGAGAAGAAACAAUCCAUGGAGCCCGGAUUUCCCAGGGAGAUAGCUGUGGACUUCCCAGGCGUGGACUCGAAGGUGGAUGCGGUCUUUGAGGCCUUUGGGUUUUUCUAUUUCUUCAGUGGAUCUUCGCAGCUGGAGUUUGACCCAAAUGCAAAGAAGGUGACCCACGUGUUGCAGAGUAACAGUUGGUUUAAUUGUUAGAAGAGGUUUGAGGAAGGCCUGGCGAGUUUUAACUGAAGUUGCUGGGCAGGCUCUUCCUCUUUGUGAACUGAGGUGGCUAGUCGCCCCCAGGACGUGCUAUGGCAGAAACAGACGGACGCUGCGGAUUUCACCAGCGAGCCCGAGUUGUCACAGGGCAUUGUGAAGCACCGCUUAGCUUGUACGUUGUCACAUGGAGAAAGUGAGGUGACUGCUGGGCAACGGGCAAGUGACUGUAUCUAUGUAGAUGAUUUGCUUUUAUUUAAUAAAGACGGUGCGUCACUUAUUUAA